GCGUUCAGUUAUCACCAACUCACUCACUCACUCACUCACUCACCGUUUUGUAUAGCGACUCGUAAACUCAGUGAUCGGAGAUGACUGCCGCCGUGGAAAGUGUUACUCCCGCCGUCGAGAAGCCGGUGGAGGAGGUGAAAGCGCCGAAGGAAACCAAGCCUGCGAAGGAGAAGAAGCCGAAAGCCCCCAAAGAGAAGAAACCCAAACAGGGGAAAAUCGCUUCACAUCCUCCAUAUUUUCAGAUGAUCGAGGAGGCGUUGUUGGCUCUGAACGAGAAAGGCGGUUCUAGCCCUUACGCGAUCGCGAAAUACAUGGAGGAGAAGCACAAGUCGGUGCUCCCUGCGAAUUUCAAGAAGAUUCUGGGUUUGCAGCUGAAGAAUCAAGCCGCGAAGGGGAAACUCGUGAAGAUCAAGGCUUCGUACAAGCUUUCUGGCGCGAAGAAGGAUGGCGCCGGUGCUAAGGUGGCAAAGGCCAAGACAGAGAAGAAGGAUGCUGCCGCCGCUAAGGUCGCACCGCGCCAGAAACGAACCAGGGCCGUGACAGCUGUGACCGCUGCCGCUCCGAAGAGCAAGAAGAGCGAGGCGGUGGUUAAGAAGGGUGGGAUGAAGAAGAAGACGAGGAAGGUGUCUACGCUUGCGAAGCCGAAACAGCCAAAGUCCAUUAGGUCUCCUUCAAAGAGGGCUAGGAAAGCUACUGCUGCGUGAUGUUUGAUGAUGGAUGGGGUUUCUGUUUGUGUAGGAAACUAUGUGACAUAGAAAAUCUGUGAAUACUGAAACUAGUAUUGUACAUGGUGUGAUCGCUGUAAUAUGGGAUCAGAUGGUGCUGACUGCUGAGUAUUUCUGUUAUGAAUAGAAUAAUCCUUUUGCUA